AAACAAAGAGCAGGAAAUUUAUUAAAACGCCCUGAAAAUGGAGCAGCUUUCGGGUGUUAUGAUAAUUAUCAUCAUAGGCGGCGGUGUGCUGACCUGUGUGAUGCUCUUCAUAUUUGGAAAACGUCAGAUAAUGCGCUUUACGCUGCGAAGUCGUCGCGGUCCUCAUGUGCCAGUGGGCAACGAUGCUAAGAAGGGGCUGCGCCGAGAGAUAGAACGUCGUCUGGACUGCAUACAGAAAAUAGCACAGGAACCGAAACUGCUAUGGACUGAUCCGGAUAAGUAUAUUGUGCAGCCAGAGACGCAGGAGGAGCUGCCACCCUACUAUUAUCGCAUGAAAGCUGUCGACGAUGUCAAGCUGCUGGAAUCGGAGAUUGCACGAGCCGACGGCAGCACACGGCACGCACAUGAAAGUCUACGAGCAUUUUUACUAACGACACUCUCGGUGACGCUCAACGGCACUGGCCAGCGCAUAAUACAUCAAUUUUGCGAUACAUAUGAGCAUGCGCGUCACGAUCCCAACUAUUUUGGCAAGGAUGAGUACGAGGCGUACCAUCAUUUGCUGCUAAAGCUAAUGGAGGCCGCCAAGCAGCUGAAGAACUACAACUCCAGAAAGCCAUCGCCAGCGCGCACACCACGCAAACAGAAAAUGCACUCGUUGCUUGAUCCGGCACGUCUGCGUCCGCCACCACCCAACGUGGAAUCAGCUAGCAGUGAAGUGACAGCUGGCCAGCAUGCCAAGGUUAAUAUGACUCUGGGACUGCAGGGUGAUGAAUUGGUGUCAGCAGAAUUGGCUACAAAUCCACUGCAUCUGCAGCCGCCUGCUGAACGAGAUCUCAUAAUACGUAAUCGCAUAAAAACACCCACACUGGAUGAUAUUGUAGUGGAGUCUGUGCCAUCGGAGCAGUCGCAAUGCAGCGAUGCCACUGGAAACAAUGCAGAGCAUGAGAUAAAGAGCAUAUCCUCGACACAGUUUCAGCGCAACUCAAGCGUAGUUUAAACCAAAAGUUAAUCUAUAUUUAAAUUUAGUUCAUACAAUUAAAUCGCUUUAGCUACUA